GAUCCUUCAAACCAAAAAUGUGGCAGAAAGAAAACUGUGUCCUUCAGCAGCAUGCCAUCCGAGAAGAAGAUAAGCAGUGCUAGUGACUGUAUCAGUUUUAUGCAGGCUGGAUGUGAACUGAAGAAAGUUCGUCCAAAUUCCCGGAUUUAUAAUCGUUUUUUCACUUUAGACCCUGACUUGCAAGCUCUUCGGUGGGAACCUUCCAAGAAAGAUCUUGACAAAGCUAAGCUUGAUAUCUCUGCUAUAAAAGAGAUCAGACCAGGGAAAAACACUGAAACAUUCAGAAACAAUGGACUUGCAGACCAGAUUUCUGAGGACUGUGCUCUCUCUCUAAUUCAUGGGGAGAACUAUGAAUCUCUAGACCUGGUUGCCAAUUCAGCUGAUGUGGCCAAUAUUUGGGUGUCAGGUUUGCGUUACUUGGUUUCACGUAGCAAGCAACCUCUAGAUUUGAUGGAAAGCAGCCAUAAUACCCCUCGGUUUGUGUGGCUAAAAACGGUAUUUGAUGCUGCAGAUGUUGAUGGCAAUGGUAUAAUGUUGGAAGAUACAUCUGUAGAGUUAAUAAAACAGCUUAAUCCUACUCUAAAGGAAUCAAAGAUCAGGUUAAAAUUUAAGGAAAUCCAGAGGAGUAAAGAAAAACUCACAACUCGAGUAACUAAAGAGGAAUUCUGUGAAGCAUUCAGUGAACUUUGCACAAGACCUGAGGUGUAUUUCUUACUAGUGCAGAUAUCAAAAAACAAGGAAUAUUUAGAUGCCAAUGACCUCAUGCUGUUUUUAGAAGCUGAGCAAGGAGUGACACAUAUCACAGAAGAAAUGUGUCUAGAUAUUAUCCGCAGAUACGAGCUUUCUCAGGAAGGACGGUUGAAAGGAUUUCUUGCUAUUGAUGGAUUUACUCAGUAUUUGUUAUCCCCAGAAUGUGACAUUUUUGACCGUGAACACAAAAAAGUUGUCCAAGACAUGACCCAGCCUUUAUCACAUUACUAUAUCAACGCAUCUCACAAUACAUAUCUAAUAGAAGAUCAGCUCAGAGGACCUGCUGAUAUUAAUGGUUAUGUUAGGGCUUUAAAGAUGAGCUGUAGGAGUAUUGAACUUGAUGUUUGUGAUGGUCCAGAUAAUGAGCCCAUCAUCUGUAAUCGUAAUAACAUGACAUCACCACUUGCCUUUCGAAGUGUUAUUGAAGUAAUAAACAAAUUAGCUUUCAUUUCUUCAGAAUACCCUCUCAUUCUCUGCUUGGGUAAUCACUGUUCAGUACAACAACAGAAGGUAAUGGUUCAACACAUGAAGAGGAUAUUUGGAAACAAAUUGUACACAGAAGCACCUUCACCAUCAGAAACCUACCUCCCAUCACCAGAGAAACUGAAAAUGAAGAUCAUUGUGAAAGGGAAGAAGCUUCCUCCUGACGAGGAUAUAUUAGAAGGAGAAGUAACUGAUGAAGAUGAAGAGGCUGAAAUAUCUCGAAGGAUGUCUGAAGACUACAGUAGUGCACCAAGGCUGAUCUGGCUCUUCAGGGAACUCUCUGAUUUGGUAUCUUUGUGCAAAUCUGUCCGGUACAAAGAUUUUGAGACAUCUAUGAAAAGUCAAAAUUAUUGGGAAAUCUGCUCUUUUAGCGAGGCAGAAGCCAACAGAGUUGCAAAUGAGUAUCCAGAAGACUUUGUCAAUUACAACAAAAAGCUUUUAUCGAGGGUAUAUCCAAGUGCUAUGAGGAUAGAUUCCAGUAACUUAAAUCCUCAAGAUUUUUGGAAUUGUGGUUGCCAGAUUGUGGCAAUGAACUACCAGACACCAGGACCCAUGAUGGAUCUACAUACUGGCUGGUUUCUCCAGAAUGGAGGAUGUGGAUAUGUCCUUAGACCUUCUGUUAUGCGUGAUGAAGUGUCUUAUUUCAGUGCAAAUACAAAGGGCAUUCUUCCAGGGGUCUCUCCUCAAGUUCUACAUGUGAAAAUUAUCAGUGGACAGAACUUUCCAAAACCCAAGGGAGCUUGCGCAAAAGGGGAUGUCAUAGACCCAUAUGUUUGCAUAGAAAUACAUGGAAUUCCGGCAGACUGUACUGAACAAAGAACUAAAACUGUUCAGCAAAACAGUGAUAAUCCUAUUUUUGAUGAAAGUUUUGAGUUCCAAAUAAAUCUGCCAGAACUUGCUAUGAUCCGUUUUGUUGUUUUGGAUGAUGACUAUAUUGGUGAUGAGUUUAUAGGUCAGUAUACUAUACCACUUGAAUGUUUACAGCCAGGAUAUCGGCAUAUACCCCUGCGCUCUUUUGUUGGAGAUAUCAUGGAGCAUGUUACACUUUUUGUUCACAUUGCAAUAACUAAUCGAAGUGGAGGAGGAAAGGCCCAAAAGCGUAGCCUGUCCGUGAGAAUAGGAAAGAAAGCAAGAGAGUAUACCAUGCUGAGGAACACAGGCCUUAAGACUAUUGAUGACAUCUUUAAACUAGCAGUACAUCCAUUACGAGAAGCGACUGACAUGAGGGAAAAUAUGCAGAAUUCCAUAGUGUCUAUUAAAGAGCUUUGUGGACUCCCUCCGAUUGCCAGUCUGAAGCAGUGCAUCCUAACUUUGUCCUUACGGCUUAUAAACAGUGACAACACACCGUCCGUCACUCUCUGUAUGAAAGAUACGUUUCCUUACUUGGAACCUCUGGGCACCACGCCUGAUGUACAGAAAAAAGUUCUAGCUGCAUAUGAUCUGAUGAUUCAAGAGAGCAGGUUUCUUAUCGAAACAGCAGACACCAUUCAUGAGAAGAUUGUUCAGUGUCAGAAAGCAGGAAUGGAAUUACAUGAAGAGCUUCAUAACCUUGGGGCAAAGGAAGGUCUGAAAGGAAGAAAACUAAGCAAAGCCAUUGAAAGUUUUGCAUGGAAUAUUACAGUGCUAAAGGGACAAGGAGAUCUGCUGAAAAAUGCCAAGAAUGAAGCCAUAGAGAACAUGAAACAAAUCCAGCUGGCAUGCUUGUCAUGUGGACUGAGCAAAACUGGAAGUGGGAACAUGGAUCCAAAAUCAAAACGAUCCCUUGAGGCAAUACAGGAGAAGGAUACUGGAGAUGAGAAUGGGAGGCUGUGAGAGAAAGCAGCAUUGUCAUAUUUGUCAUAUAUUUCAAUAACUCUAAACUAUUUUUUUAAAGUAUUUAAAAAUUCACACAGUAAUGCCCUCUUGCAGGGUGUUAGAAGUAUUAAAAUCCUCACAAUGUCAGUAUUUUAAUGCAGUUAAUUUAUCUAAGUUAACUCUUUUAGUAGUUGAAUUUCUAAUAAAUUUGAGCUGCCUGUGCGUGCGUGCGUGUCAGCAUGUGUGGAAUCUUAGAAAACAUCCUUCAUGAGUGACAUUGUCUCUUUACUAAUUUAUUCUUGUGUCAUCUUUGAACAGACGUUAAUUCUGAAGAUCAAAACAAAUAGGGAGAAUGUGUACCAGUUUUAUGCUUCAUUUUCCUGUCCUGUUUUUGUCUUUUAAUUUACAACUUAUAAUAUGUUGUGCUGUUUAAACUAAAAAAAACAAUUCACCAACAACCAUUUUUGUGAGGGUAGAAAUAGUGGGUUGCUAUAAACUCGCAGCAUAAUUUUAAUGAACAAUUAAAAUAAGUAAAUGAAAUAUUAAACAGUUUCUGGAUAGAUCAUAAUUAGAUUUCAGAUGGACAGUUCACUGAAUUUUAGUUAGUCGCUCUUUGGCAUACAUUCAGCAAAUAUAAGAAAUAGCUAAGUCCUUUCAUUCAAGAAGGUCGUUGCUGCAUUUUAGCUCUGCAGAAAAGCUACAACCUUAGCUGAAGUGCAUUUAUCUUACAUGGUAAUAAACACAGCUGUUCAGGCCUCUUAUAUGAAGUGAUGGUUGUGAUUAUGAUAAUACAAUAUGAAGGUGAUCUUCAGUAAUUUUGAAGUGCUCAUCAGUGUCAGUAUUUGAAGGAAAGUAAUAUAGACUUCAUAAACUGUGAGUGAGCUUCACAUGAAGUUUAGAAAAUGGGUCAAUUUUUGCUUGUCUUAGUAAUCCCAUUUAAGUCAGGUGAGCAAAGCAAGCAGGCCUUGACCUUUUUUCCCCAUUUUUAAGAAGCAUGCUGUCCUGGAAAUUCAGAGUAAAACUGCAGAAUUGCUAAAGAUAUAGCUAGAGAAAUAGCUUGGAAAAAAAAAGAAUACCAGUAUUCUUGUGCAGUAGUUUUAAAUGUUCACAACACGCAUCAAAUCCUUAUAAUAAUUUUGGAAAUUAGAUGAUGCCAUUAUGCUAUUGUGCACAGGCAAUGCAGGACAACAAGGCAAUGAAUCCUCACUCCAUCAUCCUUAUCAGGUCCAGCUCUUUUAUUCUGAUGAUGCUCAUUUCAAUCUUUUAAGGGCUGUGCUUGAGUGUAGUAGUUGUGUUACUUCUUACAGAACUAAGUGUUCUACAAUUAUGAAAGACUAUUUAUUUAAAGCAUUGCUUUUAUUUUGAAAAGCUACUUUUUAAAUUGAUUUGAUUAACAAAUAUGCUAAUUUUCUGAACUUAACAAAAGGUAAUUGUUGAAAGUUUGACCAUCUGAAAUCUUAUAUAGCUACUGUGUUAAGUUAUUUUUGACUUCUUAAUAACACUAUUAUGUUCAUGUUGCACAUUACUGAGAGUAAAGCUAUGAAACAACUUUGAUCCAUGUUUUUAAAAUGCUUGUACAGGAAAGGCAAACACUGACAACUUUGGGUAUAGGAAAAAGGUUCUCUUCUGUCACACAGUUCCAUAUUCAAAAGGAUAUAACUCAGUUGCCUUAAAAGUCAUUACAUUUACACUUGCUAUCCACGCUAGAGGAGCAGGUAACUGUUCUUUCCUAGAACUCUGGUGUUCUGUGUUAAGCAGUGAUACAGGUCACUGAUUUUUUUUUGUUUAAACGUGAACAUGAUCCAAAUUUUUUCCCUUGAGAAGAACAUUCCUUUAUCUGGAAAGUAACUACUAUGAAGAACAUCUUUCAGUUUUUCCUCCCUCUCUGAUUCUAUAAAUUGAAUGGGGAGAUAACAGUGGUAUAUAGAUAAGGGCUUAUAUGUUACAGCUGCAAAAAAACAACAGUAUAAAACUCUACAUACACAUUAUGUGGGAACAGAAAAUUGCCUGGCAAGAGAUUUCAAAGUACAAAUAUACUGAUUUCUCAGAGUUGUUUCAGUACACAUAAACUGUAUUGCAAACCAGAGUGAAAAUCCUAACUCAGCUGAAGUUGUCCUUUCUGUCCCCUCAGGAUACAUCAACUAGGGAUUUUCUUAGCUGAAGCUACUGCAGGUUAGUAGUUGUGGGGAGCCUUUGUGCUCCCUUCCUUAUGGGGGAAGGACUUUCAUAGCAAACAGUUAUCCCCAGGCCUACUCACGCUCUUCUCCCAUCUGCUUCAUGUGGCUGAACAUGAGUAGAUGGAUCACAUUCAACCUUAUAAGCAACGGUACAUGGGAGACAGCAUGGCCUUAGGGCAGGGGCUUUAUGCGGUAGACAGCAUUUUAACAGAAAGAUGAAUUGCAGUUGCACACACUGAUGUGGACUGGCUAGUCUCCAAUUUAUAUUUCCAGGUGGCAUCUACAGUAAUUGCUUCUGUGGAAAAGUAGGAGAGGAUUACUUCUAUUUUCAGCUGCCUUUUAAUGUGCGCUGGCAGCUGGAAAUAAGAAGGGGAGAUAGUACCACUGCCCUGGCCAGUGAUCAGUGGAUCAGAGCUUGGGAAAUACUACUGUAUUGGAUUAGGCAUGUGACUAGGAAUUGGUGUAUGAAGAUUCUUGUUCCAGCUGUACUGUUAACUCAUGUGCUUCAGGGUACUUAACUUUUUUUUGGUGUUAGCUUUCUUACUUGCUAUAUAAAGAUAAUUUGUCUUUUCUUUUCCUCACAGGGAUGCUGAAAAGAUUAGGAAACAACUGUGGGAUACUUUGGAUAUUUAAUGUUCUCUGUUAUUCUAACUUAUUAAUAAGUACAGUUGGUUCUGGUUACUGUGUUAAGUCCAGAAUGUGUGGAGCCUGUGCAUAUUCUGGCACCACAACUAGUGCAUUUUGGUGCCCAAGCUGCAGCUGUUGUCUUUUCUAAAUCAUAAUAAUUUUUACCUAGCUUCAUGCACUACUAUGGACUACUUGUUUAGGCAAUGCAAGUCGGCAUUUACCCACAUCGCAGGGUUAGCAUAACAUUGAUUAAACCCUCACACUGUCUUGCUACCUUUUUCUAUAUUAUUUUCCACAGAUGUUAUGCAUUUUUUAUAUAUCUUACAGCUUCCAAAUAUGAAUGCCUGUCAGUUCAAUCUCAGAUCCUUACAUGUCUCUCCUGUUUAGUCCCAUUUCCCAAAAUAGAUAGCUAUCAGAUAAUUGCAUGCACAGAAAGAGCUUUCCUGUAUAAUAACCAGUCUCUUCCUUCUGUCUCUUCAGACUAAAAUGUUAGGUCACAGCCUCUUUGGAAUCAUUCCCAUUCCCAUAGCAAUAAAAAACAGCAUCACACAAGUGGCUGAUAAAAAAA